GGACCUACAGUCCCUCAACCUAAGAGGGCCCAUUCCGGAUUCCAUCAGCAGCCUCCGUGAGCUCUCUAUAAUAUAUCUUCAAUACAAUCAGCUCUCUGGCUCAAUUCCUGCUACACUUGGCAUGCUUACAAACCUAAACCACAUAUCACUUGUUGUAAAUAAGCUCACUGGCACAAUACCUGCUGCAAUCAGCAACCUUGCAAAGCUGAAAUCUCUAUCACUUUCUGCCAAUAAGCUCAAUGGCACAAUUCCCGCUGAGAUUGGCAACCUUGCAAAACUAAGUUCUCUAUAUCUUUACAGCAAUCAACUCACUGGCUCAAUUCCCAGUGCAAUAGGCAACCUUACAAACCUGCAAAGCCUAUCACUUGUUGGCAAUCAGCUCGGUGGCACAAUUCCUGCUGCAAUCGGCAACCUUGCAAAACUGAGUUACCUAUUUUUCCAAUACAAUCAGUUCUUUGGCUUUAUCCCUACUGCACUUGGCAUGCUUACAAACCUCAGAGGCCUAUAUCUUCAAGGCAAUCAACUCAUUGGCCCAAUUCCCAGUGCAGUAGGCAACCUCGCGAACCUGCAAAUCCUAUUUCUUCAAAACAAUCAGCUCGCUGGCUCAAUUCCCACUACAAUCGGCAUGCUUAGUAACCUGCAGCAACUAUAUCUUCAUAACAACCAGCUCAGUGGCCCAAUCCCCACCGCUUUUGGCUUGCUUACAAACCUAAACCGCCU